AUGACCUCCUCCAAGCCCACCCCCACCAUCACCCCGCGCAUCAUCAUCCACGGCGGCGCGGGCAACAUCUCGCGCGCCAACGUGCCCGCCGACUCAUACGCGGCAUACCGCGCCUCUCUGCACCGCAUCCUCACGCUCGCGCGGGCGGAGCUGGCCAACAACCCGGCGGCAACGGCGCUCGACGUGGCCGUGUACGCGGUGUCGCUGUUCGAGGACGACCCGCUGUUCAACGCCGGGCGCGGGGCCGUCUUCACGCGGGCGGGCACGAACGAGCUGGAGGCGUCGGUCAUGGUGUCGCGCGGCCACCACAAGCGCGGGGCGGGCGUCAUGCUGCUGCGGCACGUCAAGAACCCGAUCAAGCUGGCGCGCGAGAUCCUGGUGCGCGGUGAUGACGCCGAGGGCAACGGCGGCGGCGCGCAGGCGCACGUGCAGCUGGCUGGCGGCUACGUCGAGGAGCUGGCGAAGGGGUGGGGGCUGGAGAUGGUGGAGCCGGACUACUUCUUCACGCAGAAGAGGUGGGAUGAGCAUGUCAAGGGAUUGGAGCGUGGGAAGGGCGCGGUGGUGAGCGAGGAUACGGAGGCCCUGGCUGGUGGUGAUUAUGAGGAGGAGGAGGGAAAGAAGAGCAGCAGCAACCCCAACGACCCGUCCUGGGACGGCAAGGAAUACCUCCCGCAAGGCACCGUCGGCGCCGUCGUGCUCGACCGCUUCGGCACCAUCUGCGCCGCUACCUCCACCGGCGGCCUGACCAACAAGCUCCCCGGCCGCAUCGGCGACACGCCCACCCUCGGCGCCGGAUACUGGGCUGAGGAGUGGAUCGAAGAGGACUCCUCCUCGUCCUCCUCCGCCGCCGCCGGCGGAAUGUCCUACCACCCCGCCAUCUCCUCCUCCGCCGCACGCUCCCCCAUCGACAAGCUCUCCCGCGGCGACAUCCCCGGCCUCCUCUCCGACUGCCUCGGCCCUCUAUCCAGCUCGAGCACGAUGUCCUCCUCUUCCUCUCCCUCUCCCGGCCAAGCAACGCCUUCUUCCUCCACAGACGAGAAACCUCACCCCCGCCGCCUCCGCCACGCCGUCGGCAUGUCCGGCACCGGCAACGGCGACUCCUUCCUGCGCGUCUGCGCCGCCCGCACCGCCGCUGCCAUCCCGCGCUUCUCCUCUUCGGCCGACAGCAAAAAGUACCUGCGAGACGGCCUGGCGUGGGUGGCGGGUCCCGGAGGGGAGCUGCAGCGGAGCGCGGGCGACAGGUGGGAGAACAGUGGAGAAGGGCAGGGCGGCAUCAUCGGGAUCGAGUUGGUCACGACGGAUGCGGAGGCCGCGGGCGCCGAGGCGGGCGCGGAGAGCGCGGUGCAGAGGAGUUGGGUCGGGUAUGAUUUGAACUGCGGCGGUAUGUUCAGGGCGUGGGUGGAUGGGGAAGGGAGGGAGAGGGUGGCCGUGUUUGCGGAUGAGGAUGGGUCGGAGGGGUGGUGA